AUGGCUACCGUCAAUUGGCGCACCAUCAACAUUGAUGCCCUAGACCCGGACAGCCCCGCCAACUUUGACCUGAGCUCCCUCGUCCCAGCUGUCGCGCCUGUGUCGACAGCCGACGUGCAGAACAAUGCGCAGCAGAUACGGCAGCAGCUGCGGGGCGGAGACAAUGAGGGCGCUUUGCAGAGCGCAUUGGAAAAUCCACCAUAUGGGGCUGAUGACAAGGGAAAGGAGACUCACCUUGCCGUCGUCAUUGAGAUACUGCAGUCGAUAAGACAAUCGGACAUGUCACCAAUCCUUAGUCGGAUAUACAGCUCGCCCAGCGGAACAGAGGCGCUGGACGUCUUGAUGAAGUACAUCUACAAAGGCAUGGCCCAAUCGACGCCAGUGGCCACUACGCGCAACAUCACGCCUCAGCCCACGGGUUUCUCCCAGAUCCACGCCCGUGGCGGUGGCGAGGGCGGAGGCCAGGCCAUGAGCGUACUGCUCAGUUGGCACGAAAAGCUUGUGGAUAUUGCUGGCCCUGGCUCGAUUGUUAGGGUCAUGGCUGAUCGGCGUACGGUCUGA